GGAGGGUAGGAAUUGGUGGCGGUGAGGAGAAAAAAUAAGGAACUGGGAAGAAAAGGAGGGGAAGUUAAAACUUCCUUCUCUGUCUUCCAUCAGAAAACCAAACAUGGCAUCUUCCAUGAGGAGCUUGUUUUCUGACCACAACAGAUACGUUGAAUCUUUUCGGAGGUUUCUCAACAGUUCCACGGAACACCAGUGCAUGCAGGAAUUCAUGGACAAGAAGCUGCCAGGCAUAAUAGCAAGGAUUGGUGAUAGAAAAUCAGAAAUUAAGAUUCUAAGCAUUGGCGGAGGUGCAGGUGAAAUUGAUCUUCAAAUUCUUUCCAAAGUGCAGAGUCAAUAUCCAGGAAUUCAUAUCAACAAUGAAGUUGUUGAGCCAAGUGCUGAGCAAAUUGCCAAGUACAAAGAGCUUGUAGCCAAGACAUCGAACCUCGAGAACAUAAAGUUUGCUUGGCAUAAGGAGACAUCAUCUGAAUAUCAAAAUAGAAUCAUAGAGAAAAAAGAAUUUCAGAAGUGGGACUUUAUUCAUAUGAUUCAGAUGCUGUAUUAUGUAAAAGAUAUCCCAGCUACCCUGAAAUUCUUCCAUAGUCUCUUAGCUACCAACGCUAAGAUGCUCAUUAUUCUUGUGUCAGGAAUCAGUGGCUGGGACAAGCUGUGGAAAAAGUAUGGAUCCCGCUUACCUCAGGAUGACCUCUGUCAGUAUGUCACAUCAUCUGACCUCACUCAGAUGCUGGAUAAAUUGGGGAUUAAGUAUGAGUGUUAUGACCUUCUGUCCACCAUGGACAUAUCUGAUUGUUUUAUUGAUGGCAAUGAAAAUGGAGAACUGCUUUGUGAUUUUUUGACAGAAACCUGCAACUUUAAUACAACAGCACCACCUGAUCUCAAAGCAGAAAUUAUGAAAGAUCUGCAAGAGUCUGAAUUCAGUGUAAAGAAAGAGGGAAAGGUUCUUUUUAAUAAUAGUCUGAGUUUCAUAGUGGUUGAGGCAUAAAUAUCAACAUGAAAGUAUAUUAAAAAUAUUUUGAAUAAUGAUCAUUUAUUUUUGUUUUAAAAUUAUAAACACAUCUCAAUAUAAAUAGAUCGUCUCAUAUAUAAGAGACAAAUCUAGAAAAUUCCAAGACAUUCUUAGAUUUCCAUGUGAAUCAUAUAGGAUACUGUUAGUCUUAUCCCAUUCCUUCCCCACAUCAAGAGGCCACAUUCCGAAUAAAUACCACAUAAGCUAGGAAAAUGAGACAACUAAGUUUCACUGGCUUAUUGACAAGAAAAUCCUUUCCAUUUGUUGAUUGUACUGGGAUUUCCCAAAAUAUUCAUAAAACAUGUGCUAUGGAUUCUUUAAAUACUACAAAAGUAUAUACUUAUUGAUAUAUAUGAAAAAGUAUGUUUAUUGAUCUUUUACCUUUUGUGAAGAAUUAUUUGUCUGUGCACAUUCUUCUAGUAGUUUCUAUCUUGUUUUUAUUGAUUACUAAAAAUAAGCACCUUAGGAUACUACAAAAUUAUUUGUUAUG